AGAUAUAUGUGACCUAAAGUGCUGCCGUCCCAUCAAGUCGGCGUUGAAUUGCCGAUCAAAAGAGCGUAAUCGUUGCAUCAAGGGAUCCCACGUGUCUGUAUUCCGCUGACAAGUUGAGAAUGGCAGGACGUCUCUCUCAAACGCCCAGCCUCCAGCACGCGCUCCGGCCUUCUCGGGGGAACCAUGGUGGUCUUCGCGUGCAAUGCCUGCGGCGACGCUCUGAAAAAGAACCAAGUGGAGAAGCAUUACUUCACGAAGUGUCGGAGCUGCGAAGUCCUUACCUGUCUUGACUGCAAUAAGGAGUUUUGGGGAGAUGACUACAAGGAGCACAUCAAAUGCAUCACCGAACAAGAGAGAUAUGGGGGCAAGGGAGUCAAGUCUCCCGUAUUUAAAGGUGAAGCAAAACAGGAAGAGUGGAUUGAGAUGAUUGCAGGCCUCAUCACGAGGGAAGACAUGUCGCCGAGAGUGAGGGACAUCUUCAAGCGCAUGCAGUCAUUCAACAACAUUCCACGGAAGGCCAAGCCUUUCAAGAAUUUCCUCAAGUCCAGCAUGUCUGUAUCAAGUGAAGCACUGGCAGAAGAAGUCUGGCAGACAAUUCAGAAGGCACAGCAGCCAAAGCAGGAGCAGCCGCCCAAGCGACCACGGGACGACAGUCAGGAAACCGUGUCAAACAAUGCGAAACAGAACGCCGACAACGGAAGCCCAGCUAAGAAGUCAAAGCCACAAGACGAGGAGAAUGGUCCCGCUGCAGACUCUGACAAGAAGCGGUUCAAGUGGAAGAAGACCUUGAAGACAGUGUUGCGAGACGCAGAGGAUCAGCAGCUCUCCCUGAAGAAGCUGAGGAAGAAGGUGUUUGCCGAGUACCGCAGCCAAGGUGGACAACUUGUAGAAGAAGAAAUGCAAGCGAAAUUCCUCAAGGUUUUGGGCAACACCUCAUACUUCGAGCAGAUGGAUGGCAAAGUACGCUUGGUGCAUUCUUAGGGAAAUAUAUAUUAAAACUGACACUG